AGAUAUUUAUCUACCUACUCGAUAGUUUUUUGCAUUUUUAUAUCACAUCACAUCAAUCUACGGAUCUCCGUCAAUCCGAUGUGGAAGAGUCGCGUAAAACGGUGGCUGAUCUAGUCGAAAUCGCGUUGUUUAAACGCCAUAUUCCAAUAGAAAUAAUCAUUCCAAAACAUCUGUGAUAACCUAACCUAAAUGUGAAUGUUGUUGUGAGUCUGUGUAUGUGCGUUAUUCGUUUCCGACAAGAAAUAGGAAAGUGAGUGCGACAGGAUUAUGUUGUAGAUGUGCAGGGUGGGUUGUUGACCGAUUUCCGAGAUGAAAAGCACCUCGGCCGACAUCCCCGUGUGGAAGAAAGACCUGGUGGCCCGACUCCGUGCACAGAACAACAGAAGCGCCGGCAACCAGGCGGUAACGGUUCACGGCGGGCAGCUGUCUCCCCCCUAUCGAGGCAGUCCCUCCGCCGGUCGAGCACCUAGCAGCAGACAACUUCGUCAAACCAGUGCUGGAAUCCGGCCAUGCAGCCACGAACGGGCCAGUAAUGAGACCAGUGCCGUCGUUGACAAGUGCUCAUCCCUGCUGAAGCGCCCCAAACCGUCGAAGAUGGUGCAGGAACGCGUGUGGUCCGGCGACUACAAUUCCUGGGAGUCCGAGGACGAGCAGAACAGGACGACUUCGGAGAGCGAUUCCUCGGAGGAGCUGCACUACGGUCCCGGCAUCGUCAACCGGCUGAAGAACAAAUACCUGAGCCUGACGUUGAACGGAGAUGACCGCAAGAAAAACGGUAGGAACCUGCGGAAAGCGGCGUCUUUGGAGGACAUUUUGGACGGGGACGACGUCAAGACAGAGUCGGAGGAACCGCGACGUCAGUUUUACACCGACUCCGGACGUCCGACUAGUAGAUACAGCCGGCCCAAGAGGGACAUGAAGAGGGCCAGGUCGAUGGAGGCUAUAUCCAGGUUCGAGAGCCUUAUUUCCCCACCGCCACCGCCGUCCAUGCAACCGGACAGUGGCAGGCCUAAGUCUAUGCACGAAUACCUCCUUAUCGCAGACCUGGAGGAAGGAAGUGACAAAUGCAGGAAACCGGGAGAUAACGCGGAAAAUGUAGAGAAGAACGUAGGAAUGUUCGCGAUCAGUUACGCUCCUCGUCUCAACCGUCCUAAGAGGAUAGCGCCCGUUAUGAACGAACGUGAAAAACCCCCUGCUGACGUGGUGAAGCAGGCCAAGAUGAUUUUCGAAAAACGGCCGGAGCAGAGGACCAAACCUCCGGCCAGUACGGGCGAGGUUGCGGCCAAAGUGGCCUCCUACAAGAGCAUCAUCGUCCAGUCGAAGCAGGCCAAGAAGCCUCCGGUGAAGACCAAGCCUCCUGCCAGUUUUCUAGCCAAGAACGGUGAUGCCCCAAAGCUACCCACCGAAAACGGCGACGCUGUCAAGCCUCCGGCCACUUUUAUCGCAAAAAAAGGCGACGCCGUGAAACCAAUCGUCGCCAGCAAACCAUCUGCAACUAAAAACGGUGAAAUCGAGAAGCCUUCAGCUGUCUUUUCUACCAAGAGGGGCGACGCCUGCAAGCCUCCACCUGUCAAAUCGAAAAUCCUCGUCGAAAACGGCGACGCCACCAAACUUGAAGACAUCAAGCCUCUACCGACCGAGAAUGGCGACGCCCCGGAUGGCGCCAAACAGGAGUCGCCCAAAGGGGCGACGCCCGAAAACGUCGACCCGCCGAAAAUAGCCCCCAGGAUCAGGGCGACGUCCAGGAAGGUUCAGACGCCUCCAACGUCGCCAACCGAGGAAAUCAAGACCAUCGAAGGCGACGCCUCCAUGUUGGCGGCGCCCAAACCCGACGUUUCCCUGGUCAAGACCGUGGAUCAGCUGGACCGUUUGUGCCACACCCCCGACCUCAUCAUGACCGUCGGUCCUGCCGCCGUAUCGACGCCCAGCGAUAACGACGCCGUCUCCAACGAGUGUUUAAGUGCGAAAAACAAAGACGAAGUGACCGUGCCCAUUACGGAACCCCUAGAACUGAUCAUAAACAAUCGGUCUUCGCCUCCCUUGGUCGAAUCCCCCAGGAUAAGUCAGAUAUCGCCGAUACCGGCGGUGUCGAAGAGGAAAGUGGUGAGUCCACCCAUCAGGGUGCAACAAAAGGACCCGGUGGUGUUGGAGAAGAAUCUCAUCAACGCCGCGAAGAGUUUGGACGCGACCAGGACUGAUCCGUUCGCGGGUAAGAAGGUGAGACGGCCGCCUAGGGAGCCGGAGACGAAUUCGAUAGUUUUUAAAUUCACGGAUCGCAAGGACGUGCCGGAUUAUGUGCAGAACGACAGGAGUAGGACCGCCGUUAGGCUGGAGAGACCAAAGGUUGGCGAAGGUGGCAUUAUACUUCUACCAGGAGCGUCCAUUGAUGAAUCUUUCACGGAUGAGGAUGAAGAAAUUAGGAAGUAUCUUGAGGCUCCUCCUAGUCCGUGCGAUGUUACUUUCAUCAAUGAUAAUGUUUUGAUAGAUGGAAAAUCUAGCAUCAAUCAGAAGACGAAAAAGAAUCGAAUGAGGAUAUCGUUCGUAGAAUCUGGACCGGAUGUAUUCGAGUACCCCUCGGAAUCAUCUCUUAUGGUAGAUGGGUCCCCUACAGCGAUACCAUCCGCUCCGCCAAUGACAGGUCACACAGUUCCUAAUCUUUCUGGUUCAUACCUGGCUAAUUACAUUCCCAAAGCAACAGAAGAGUUCCAACCAGGCGUGACUAGAAGUACACCUCCCUCGACCACGCCCCCUACCAAACAAGAGCCAAUGGAAGAAGAGCUCCUGCUUGAAGAAGUCGAUCAACCUAUAACAUUCAGUGCUGGAACCAAUUCAGACAUGUUAUUCUAGGUUGAAAUUUCCAUUUUCAACAUUCCUAUUGACAUAUUUUUUUAAGAUCGAGAGAAUAAGUUCAGGGAUGCCUAAUCUUCAGCUCUGUGAGCUCUGGACAAAUGAGAGAAUGUCAAUUUCUUUUCGUCGUGUUGCUGCCACAAGUUCUCGAUGGACAGACUGUAGAACUGCAACAGAAGAACGAAAUACUGCCUGCUGCUUUCGACUAUUUUUGCCGUAUCUUGUGUUACAAUGUCGAAGUAAUCACAAGCUAUCAAUCACAACUUUAUGAAUUUUACAGUGAUGUAUAAGUAAAGGUUUUUUAUUAUUUUUAUUUGUAUUUAUGUAUUACUGUGGUAUUAGGUUAAUAUCUUCUUGUAUGUCACCGUCGUGAUGUGCUGUGAAUUCAAUUUACGUUCACAAUUGCCUUGUGAACUCAAAAGAACACCAAAAUGUGCGAUAGGUUGAACCUCUUUUGUUCCGGAAUUUUGUAUAUAUUGUGAGGAAAGAUUGAUUUGAAACUGUUUAUUUGAAUGUGAGCAAAUUUUAAUUCCGUUUACAUCACAAAACGAUGAAGCGUUUUUGUUGAGAUAAUCAACGCUUGUAAUGAUAGACUUAUAUUUAAGAUUGAAGAUUUUAGCUGUGAUUAUUGAUUUUUGCGGACCAAUUUAUUCAUUUUAAUCCAUAUCGCUUUGACAUAUUCACAAAUGAAGCAUUUAUUAAUCGAUACCGAUUUUUUUCUACAUGUGUAUAUUGUAUUGUCGUUUACAUUUCUUUUGGAUUAAAAUUUUUUGCUGCAAAUGAAAAAA